UGAUUCUCUCUCCUGACCCGGAUGUUGACGUCACCGGUCUUCUCCCAGCAACACUGACCCGCUAGCUGUGAGCUCGGAGGCUAACUGCUAACACUGAUCGUUGACAUGGCUGAGGUGGAGGAAACCCUGAAGAGGAUCCAGAGUCAGAACGGCGUCCAGGGGAUCAUCAUCGUGAACGCCGAGGGGAUUCCCAUCAAGACGACGCUGGACAACGCCAGCACGGUGCAGUACGCCGGGCUGAUCCACCAGCUGGUGAUGAAGGCCAGGAGCACCGUACGAGACAUCGACCCCCAGAACGACCUCACCUUCCUCCGCAUCCGCUCCAAGAAGAACGAGAUCAUGAUCGCUCCAGAUAAGGACUAUUUCUUGAUCGUCAUUCAGAACCCGUCGGACUGAAGGAGGAGGAGCUGCAGAACGACUCAUUUCUCUCUUUGUCUUUCUUUCGUUUUUAAACAGCCAAACAUUGUCUCUGUCUUGCUAAAUCAAACGAACCCGUUCACCAGAAGCUUUUUACGCACCUGCUGUACCAGGAAGUAAGGACAGGAUGAGAAGGUGGAUGAAGUUGAAUCACUCUGCUCAACAAGCAGAUGUGUGAACCAGACGCCGUCACUCUGCAGGCACACUUCAUUUCCCAUGUUUUAGCAUUCCAGCUCGGCCUCCUCUCUCUGCAUACUGUACGUUAUGUCACUGUGGUGGCUUCAUAGGUGAAACUGGACACAGCUACAAAGUGCACAGUGUUCAAGAGAGAAACCGCAGCUCAUCUAAAAGUUAGAGGUUGUUUUUUUCAGUUCUACCUUAAUGGAAAACUUGGGAUUGUUAUUUAUUGUUUUGUUGGCACAAGAUGUUGAAGUACAGUAUUUACACUACGAACACUUCUCUGCCACCUCAAGUUUCUGAUGGUUAUUUUUAACAAAUAAAAGAAAUAUGUAGAUGUU